AUGGCCGGACGCAACGAAUUUCUUAUCUGGGAGAAUUCACCUGACACUCGAGCUGUCUUUGAGUGUGAGUGGCAGUUCAUACAGCGCAAUGGACCGCACAAUUUUGACAACUUGUACAUUGCACUCAAGUCUCAGACAAGUGAUGGCGAAGGCACACCCGCUGCUGCCGCUGCCGCGGGCCAGGGGAUAUACAUAUCAGAGGGAUAUACAUCUGAUUCGGCAUACCUACUGAGUCCCAGGAAAACCCCUGACUUCGCGGCGUUUAUUCAACAAUGUACAACCCAGAAAAGUGGCUUGCUCGUGCUCCAAGUGCCAAAGGCAAGUGGUUAUGUUGUGCACUCUGAUCCAUGGAAGUUGAGGGUUGCAGAUUGUGCCCUGAUCUCAUGCACAAGAAGCUUUCUCUUACCUCUCGAAAAGGUAGAAGCCUACGAUCACCCCAUAAAGAAUGUGGAAGACAUCGCCAAGACUCUAGGUGCUGCUGUUGGUGCAGUUGGUUCUACGCUCUCGCUAAGUGACGGAUCUGUCCAACAGCUAGAAUUCCAGCUGGAACGGCGACUUUCUUUUCCUUGGCUUUCCGCCAACGAAAUUCAACCACGGCGGUUGUGUGUGCUUACAUGGAAUCUUACUGCGGCCAAGAGAAUUUCAUGGGCUACGGCAAAUUGUCUGGGCAUCAAGGUAGUUGCGAUGAGCACUGGCCCGUGGUUAGAAACAGACAAGCCCCCAAGUGAAUACAUGCUGGACGGCUACAUCAACUGCGAUGUGACGCCCGAUGCUAGUCUGUGGCACAGGGUCGUCGCUGCGGUCAAAGCUUAUCCAGAUCCCAUCGACGGCAUUGUUGGGCCUUGGGAUGCAUUAUUGGAGUCGACUGCAAAAGCUGCAAAACACCUGGGCAUGUUCACACCAGGACCAGAGCCAUUCGCGAUCGCAACGAACAAGUUCCUUACACGCCAAUUGCUAGAUCCAAAGGCGGAGAGCUACUUCACUGUAGAAUCUGUGGAAGAGUUAGAAACACGGUUGAAAUCUGGCAUCCCGGUCGACUUUCCAGUUGUCUCCAAGCCUGUCUUAGGAACAUGGAGCUUCGGCGUCUACAAAGCAGACAACGCCUUGGAGCUGCGUGACGCCGUUGCCCAGACACUCUUCCUCGCUAAGAAGAACGAAGAUAAGAGAAUUAUUAUCGAGUCCUACGUCGAUGGACCGGAAGUGGACUGCAACCUCGUCCUCCUCGACGGGGAGAUCUUGUACUCGGAAAUUGUAGAUGACUUCCCCUGUCAGGCAGAUAUUGCUGAAGACAGCGUUGGCGCGCUAUUCACAGAGACACAAGCGGCCGUGCCAUCUGGACUUCCCAAAAGCGAACAGAAAACCAUCACUGAGUUCAUAGCUGCAGCAGUUCGACAACAAGGCUUUAACACCGGGGUGUUUCACUGCGAGGCGAGAAUUCGCAAUUCGUCUGUGGAGUAUGUUUUCGCCAAAGGCGCCACCGUGCCAGACCUCGAACUGAAAGAGAACAGUAGUGGGGGACAAACAUCAGUGUUCCUCCAUGAAGUCAAUGCAAGAAUGCCCGGGCCGAUGAGCUCAGCCGGCAGUCUCGUGUCUCGCGGUAUUGACCUGUUCGCUCUGCUGUUCUUGUGCACCGCAGCCGACUGGCCACGAUUCAAGGCACUCUCAGUACCUUUCUCUCACGAUGAUGUUUGUGAUCACGUCUGGCUCACCAACUGUAUCAUACCAGUCAAGCUAAAGAAAGUUAUGCCGCUGUUCCCUGGCUUCACGGCGGAGCAAAUAGACCACGAGGCGGUAGACAGCCAGCACAGUCCCCUCUUGGCGCUUUCAAAAACCCACCCGGAACUCAUUGAAAACGUGGUGAGGCACUCCGUCUAUAUUGAGUCCGCCGCCAAACUGGCGGGGAAGGAAGGCGAUUUCAUCUGGGCAACCUGCAUGGUUUUGCGCACACCGGUCAGCAGAUCUCAUGCGCGUUUUUUGGCACAGCGCAUUCAACAGGUGUACGAGGCAUUUGUAUUGGAAAAUUACAACUAA